AUGGAGACGCGAGCAGCACCUGUCGCGGCCUCGUCCCCGGUGGCUUCGUCGGCGUCGGCGGUGGUGCGGGAGCAGCUGCAGCAGUACGCACGGUUGGCGUCGGCCCUGCUGCACUCCUUGCUGCCCUCUUCUGCCACCAGCACCACACCCGGGCCAUCUUCAUCUUCAGUGGCGAGUAGUGGCGAUCGAUCUGCAGCCGCCCUCCAGAAGAAUGCCUCACCCGAAGAGCUCAUGGAGCGCCUCCUGCGCACCGACCAGGCCCUCCUACGAGCCCUCAACCAACUGAGGGAGCACCAGAGACAGCAGCAGCGGUUGGCGCGGCUCAAGGACGAGGUGGCCAAGAAGGACGGGGUCGUGGAGCAGCUCGCCCUGCAGCUGCAGCAGGCACAGGGCACCCUCCAGCGCGUCAUCGACGACACCACCACCAAGCUCGACCGGCCUCUCGUACCCGGUGGCGGCAGCGCAAGGCGUGACGGGGUGGACGUGGACGAGGUGGUGGCCUACGCGCACAAGGUGAGCUACACGACGUCGGCGCCGCCCAACUGGAACCCGAACCUGCCCCACAUGCGCAUGUUCCUGCCCCCGGCCCCGCAGGAGAUCAACAUCCUCCAGGGCAACUUCUACCACAACUCCACCUCCGCCCCCAUCCCCGAUUUUUCGGACCUCACGGGCGCCGCCAAGAAGGAGGAGGCGGACCUGGGCGCACCGGACCUGGGCGCCGGACCCACGCUCCCCAUGCAGCAGCCGCUGCCCUUCGCCGGAGGACCCGCUCCCGCCCUCAUCCCCAUCGCCGAGCUCCCGCCGGCGCCGCCAUCGGGGCUGGCGCCGCCGCCAAGCGAGCCCGUGAAGCAGAUCAUGCUCGACCUCAACCCGGACGACGAAGACUCCGACUCCAGCUCCGACCUCGACGACGACGAAGACGACUGGGUCUGA